AUGAUUGAGCAACAACACAUCCUCAAUAACGCAUAUCCAGUGAAAUGUUGGGUUCCAGAUCCUCCAGACAUGGCUUGGGCAGAUGUCAUUGCUGCAAUUGAACCAGGGGCUCUCUCAUUUUCAAUGAAUUCCCAGAUCUAUAAAUUCAAGCAGGAGAGAAAGGCAUACAAGGCCUCUGCUAGUCAACGUGAAUUUGACCUCAUGAUGGAAGCUGGGGACUGUGCUGUUAAGGUCCGUGGUAGAUCUCUCUGGAGGGAUAAGGACGGAGAAAUAAGAAUGAGUGGCAUUAUCAUGGAUCUUGAGACUCCAUUUGACCCAAAAUCCGUGGAAACUUUCAGCGCAAGCAUUUGA